AGGUGUCCUUCCACACGUGUGUUUCCAGGCAGGCUGUGAUCUGUCUGUAACGUCAGUAGCUGGUAACUGGAACUUGGGGCUUAUCAAACCCUUGUAUUUUUUAAAAUUUACUAGUCAAAUUGACCAGGCUAUAAUCAUGUUAAAGACGCUUUCCCGAGCGGUGAGUACCGCAGUUCGAAUGUCUACAACGUCCUCGGCUCGAGUUCUCCAGCCUCUUACGAGGUCGGCGUUAUGCUCUCCAAACUCGGGAACAAUCCGGCCUUUCACCCGGUCUCUCUGGAUGAUGAGCAAUAAUGGUGCAGCAUCGGGGUACAGACCAAAACUCUUCAGUUCAAAAGGACCGAGGGCUGUAUCCUGUGGAUGUGAAUCGCUACAUACGGAAGGUAAUAAUCGUUAAAUUGGGUAGCUAACUAGUUACUGUAGUGUGAGUAGUAGUUAUGUUAGAUAACGUUAGCUAGCUAAAUUACCCCUCAACUUGCUUGGUCUUGUUGAACUAGCUAGCUAGUUGUGUGUAAAACAAUGGAGGAAUAGCUGCGACCAGCUUGUGAAACAUGUACAUAACUGAUGUAACGUAUGUUCUCAUGCAACUAUCUGACUGGAGGGACUAAAUUGUCAAGAGACGUCACCAAUGAGUGUCACCGAACGUAUGGAACCAUCAUGUCUAUAGUAUCUAGUCAAAAGUUAAACUCAUGGUUUAUCAAGCAAGACAGCAUGUUUUAGAGCAGUGCCGAAAUGCGAAGCUGAUGAUGAAACCAUCAGUAACUAUUGAGUGUGGUGUUAGCUGGCUAGCUAUCGUUGAUGGCAUCUCCAUCUGGACCUGUGUGUCAUGCAAUGCACAUGUGACCUUGGAAAUUGAACAAGUUGGGACAGUUUAUUGGACUUCGUGUGUAGCAAAUACCGACUCCUCUGUUCUGUCAUCUUUAUAACUGCUCUUGUUUCAGGAGACAAAGCCUUUGGAGAUUUCCUGUCUGAUGAAAUUAAAGAAGAAAAGAAGAUCCAGAAAAGCAAGACUCUUCCCAAGAUGUCUGGAGGGUGGGAGCUAGAGCAGAACGGCACAGAAGCCAAACUCAUCAGGACAAUCUCUGGAGAAAAGUAAAGAACAUGGCGAGAAAAUAACGCUACCUCAAUAUUACAACACAUAGGCCUACCUCCCCCAUCCUGAGUACAUGGCCGGUACUGAUAGCAUAAGUUACUGCAGACAUUUUAUUUGACUAUGAAUAUAGUUAAUGUCCUAUCAAUAAAUGCACACCUGCACAAAAUGAACCCAGUCAUGAUUCACGUAAUUUGAACUAUAUUCUUUAUAGGAACAUUGUCUGAUCCCUUCCUUGCAGAGUGACCGUCACAUUCAACGUCAACAACAGUGUUCCCCCUAACUUUGAAGAGGAGGCUGAACAAGCACAGGGACAGAAGUCGGCAGAAAGUGAGGUAAACCUAGAGCUGGAAUGAUACAUCGAAUAUUACAGACAUUGCCUUCCUCUUACUGAAGCGUUUUGCUUAUGUAAGUAAUUUUGCUACACAACGUUCCUGUAGAUUGUUCUAAAUGUAAAACCAUUAUUUGGUCAACAGGAAUUUACUCCUGAGUGGCGCAGUGGUCUAAGGCACUGCAUCGCAGUGCUAACUGUGCCACUAGAGAUCCUGGUUCGAAUCCAGGCUCUGUCGCAGCCGGCCGCGACCGGGAGACUCAUGGACGGCGCACAAUUGGCCCAGCGUCGUCCAGGGUAGGGGAGGGAAUGGCCGGCAGGGAUGUAGCUCAGUUGGUAGAGCAUGGCGUUUGCAACGCCAGGGUUGUGGGUUCGAUUCCCACGGGGGGCCAGUAUAAAAAGAUAUGUAUUCACUAACUGUAAGUCGCUCUGGAUAAGAGCGUCUGCUAAAUGACUAAAAUGUAAAUGAAUAGCCUAUGCAUUAUGUUGAUUCCUGCUAUGAAAGUAUCUGCCCGUCUCUUUUUUUCGCUUUUGGCUGCUGUGUGAGCGAGCCACUCACUCCCACUGUGUGCACGGAGGAGGGAGAGAUGCAUUCUGAGAAGCACAAGCAUAUGACCGUUGCUCAGAAUGCAAUUUCAGGGAAAAUACAAUUUUCAAAGCACCUACUGUUGUUCUAGUUACAGAAAGGAGAGUCACAGCUUUCUGUGAGUAUGUAAUGUAUUUGUCAAAAGCACUGUUGCAACAACAAAAAAUAUUUGUGGCAUGUGUAAUGGAAGCUGCAGAUAUGAGACAUUUUCUAAAGACCCACAACAUUUUUAUACGUUCGACGGGUGGAUUUGUCUUUUGUCUAAAUUUCUUUAUUACAACAAGUUAUGAUGGAAACUGUUUUUCGAUUAAAUUAUGAUUGCUGAAUAAUUUAAGGUACGCGGGGCACAUGAUGUAAUCACUUAACUAUAAGCUCCAAUCCACAUUUAAUUCUAAAUGCCUACUGCUUGCAAAAUCGAUUCUUUCAACAAAAAAUGCAGUUUCUUUGAAGGACAGGGAUUGUGCGGACUUUCAAAAAUGGCUGAAUUGCUUCGCCUUACAUUUCUGGUUGGCUGGGAAGUUUCACCGUCUAAUUAUUUCAGAUUUACAGGAGUACAGGUUUCACCAUGGCAUGGAUCGUGGCGAUACGUUGGCACAUGAGAAUUAUUCGAAUAUGGCAAAUAUUAGUCAAUUAUUGCAUUCUAUCCAUGCUUGCAUUCAUGGCCUACCUGAGACAUGAUAGGUGGGAGGGCAUACUGGCUGUUGCCAAUUUAUUAAAGGUGCAAUAUGCAGAAAUUGCUGUGCCAUUUCCUGGUUGCAAAAAUUCUGAUAUUUCGCUUAAUUUCAGUUUGUGACAAAACAAGCAAUGCAUAGUGUAGAUAAUUAUUGUACCAUCUAAACCGCUGUGAAAUAUAUUUUCAAUAACCCCAAAUAUUGUAUUUUCAGCUCUUUGAAGUUGGUUUACAAAACCGAAAGUAAAAGACGCAAAAACUAAACUUAGGAACGGCUCACUUAGAACAGAUCUACCGCUUCUUAGACUUGCAUUCAAUGACAGAUCUAUAACUCACAUUUCUAUGGGAAUUUGAUCAGGCCGCCCAAAAAGUUACAUAUUGCAGCUUUAAUGCACAAUUUGCCUAAAUGGGUAAUGGAAACACUUCAACCACAAAAUGUUUAUUAAACACUGUAGGUUUUUGCAGAAUGUUUUAUUAAUUUAUAUCCAGCUGUUUUUAUCGACACAAUCAUUAAAUGGAAACGCACUUCUAUAUGAACUUUCUAAAUGUCGACAUCAGUGGACUAGUUAAUGGAAACAUAGCUAAUGGCUACCAUCUCAGUUCUUACUUGGCACUGGGGGGAAAAAUGGUCUACAACCCUCCCGCUAAUGUAAAGUAACUGUCCAUUAACUUUUUUUUUAUCGUUAUCGGGCAAAAUAGUUACAUUUAUCGCUAUAUGAAUUUCCACCCAGUUGUUACAAUGUUAAGUCCUUGAACCAUUUGUGUUGUUUCCUAACAGCCAGAUAUUGUGUCAACACCCAACUUUGUUGUCGAGGUGACGAAACAGGCAGCAAAACAUUCCUUGGUGUUUGACUGCCAUUAUCCUGAAGAUGAGGUAAGUUAUCCUACAAGUGAAUCAUCAUUGGCUAUAUGGUCCAGAAACAUUACAUUAAUAGAAGACAACUUUAUCAACAUAGUACAGUUAUUGGGAAGCAUGCUAUAUUGCUUUGAUUGUUUACCACAUGUUGUUAAUAAGCAAUACAUCUCUAACAAUGUUGGGUUACAUGUAUUUUCUAGGCAAGCCAUGGGGAAGAGGAGAGCGAUAUCUUUGCUAUACGUGAGGUCAGUUUCCAGCCUGAGGGAGAAGGAGAGUGGAAGGAGACUGCUUACACACUCGACACAGACUCUCUGGACUGGGUAAGAGCUGAUGCUCAUGGUCUGCCUCUCAGCAUGUCUACAUAUCAUUACAGAUACUUCAUUAUUCUAGUCCGUAAACUAUUGCCUACUCCAUUGUCAAGCUAAACAUUGGCAUGAAAAUUCCAUAAGGAGUUGGCAAGAGGGUAGAAUCACACUGGUACCCAGGCUACCAUUAUUCAUCUACGAUUACUUUACAUGUUUUAGGGAGGCUGCUCUACUUUCAGUUUGGGCCGAAGGCUUAUAGGUUUUCCGGAUUCAGGUGCUUCAAACCCUGUACUAUUUAAACUGGCCAAGGCGUGCGUUGUGAAUGAAGUAAUCUCACUGGCCUGUCCUCUCACUUCAGGCCCUGUAUGACCACCUGAUGGACUUCCUGGCUGACCGCGGGGUUGACAACACGUUUGCUGAUGAACUGACGGAGCUGAGCACUGCCAUGGAGCAUCACGAAUACAUCAAGUUCCUGGAGGACCUUAGUGGCUUUGUCAAAUGCAAUUAAUGUAUAGAUGGAAUAACAUUCAUCAAAGUUAGAUUUCUAAUUUCAGUAAGACACAAUCCCCCUCUAGAUUGAAAAUACAAAGAAAUGGAAACAAAUGGAAAAAUAUUUAAUUUUGGGGUGUUGUAUUUGAUGUUUCUGCCACUUUGAACAAUUUAAUAUUGAACUACUUUGCUGCAAAUGUUAAAUGGUGCAACUUGCAAAUGAGUCUGUAUUUAACAGAAAAUUAAGUUAAUAUGAAGGCUGUCUGUGUCACUUGUCAACGUUAUGGAAGAAUCUUUAAAUGUUUCGCCACACAAGUUAGUAUCAAUGACAAGUGUGGUUAGGCAUGAUUUUAUUUCCGACAUCUUUUUGUAAUAAAAA